AUGGAGCCCAAUGUCAGCAGCCCCCGGCCGGGGAACACCAGCCACCCCAAGGAUCUCUUCGCCGGCCUGGAGCUGCUGCUGCACUUCAAGCCGCUAUUCAUCCCCCUCUACUGCCUCCUGGUGGCCGUGGCCUGCCUGGGCAACGCCUUCCUGGUGGGCUGCAUCGCUGCCAACAAGAAGCUGCACAAUGCCACCAACUUCUUCCUGGGCAACCUGUCGCUGGGCGACCUGCUGAUGUGCCUGACCUGCGUGCCCCUGACGGCCUCCUAUGCCUUCGAGGGGCGGGGCUGGCUCUUCGGGCGCGCCAUGUGCCACGCCGUGGCCCUGCUGCAGGCUGCCACCGUCUACGUCUCAGUGCUCUCGCUGGCGGCCAUCGCCGUGGACCGCUACGUGGUGGUGGCCUACCCCGUGCGGCGGCGCAUCGCCCUGCGCUACUGCGGCCUGGUGGUGGCCACCAUCUGGGCCCUGGCCCUGGCCCUGGCCGCCCCGCCCGCCUGGCACACCAGUUACGUGGAUCUGCGGCCCAUCGGACAUGACUUGAUCAUCUGCGAGGAGUUCUGGAGGCAGAUGGAGAGGCAGAGGCUGGCCUACUCCUGCGCCAUGCUCCUCCUCUCCUACGUGGUGCCCCUCCUGGCCGUCACCGUCUCCUACUGCUCCAUCUCGGCCCACCUUCGCCGGAGGAGCCUGCCUGGCUCGGCCAACCUCAGCCAGGCCCGGUGGGACAAGAAGAAGCGCAAGACCUUCCUGUUGCUGGUGGUUUCUGUCCUGGUCUUUGCCCUGUGCUGGCUGCCCUUGCAGGUCCUCAACCUCCUCCGGGACCUGGACCCCGAUUUCACCCUCCUGGGCAAACGCUACAUCAACCUGGCCCAGGUCUCCUGCCACCUGGUCGCCAUGAGCUCGGCCUGCUACAACCCCUUCAUCUAUGCCUCGCUGCACCGCAAGUGCCGAGCCCACCUGCGCGGCUACGUCCGGCACAGGCAGCGGCACAACGGGCAGUGCGCCCGCGCCAACACCUGCCUCAGCCUCCUGCCCGACGCCCCGGGACUGGGACAGGGCGAUCGAGCUGCCGGGGACAACGCGGUCUAG